AAACGUAGCGAGUUUGUAGCAUGUCUUUUCAUGACAUGGUUCUGUGGCAGCCAACAUGACCCCACACGUUGUGACGCCGUAACAGAGUUGAUAAGCUGGCCGAGUUACAGCGAACGAGCUCCAGCGACAGGAAAUAGGAUCGUCUGGCACCAAUAUCCAAAUAAACUCUUACACAAAAGUCUUAAAAGCGGUACCACCUCAAAUGGUUACCCUCCGAGCAAAAAGUAAAAGCGUACGAUGAAGUUUGACAACACCAUGGGUGAGAGAUGACAUAAGCAUCGGACUUGGCCAAAUUCCUCAUCUGCGAUAGCCAGCGCUCGGUUACAGUCGCACUAUUUGCAACCUUUGUCUUGAAAAAUGCUCAGGGCAAGGAACCCGCCAGGCUUGUCCGCCGCCAAGCCCCCACGAGAUCUGGGAUCGGAAUCGUUUUUCGAAUCACCUGCGGGACUGGCAUUGUUUUCGACAAACUAUAGCACGAAGCAUAUACCUCGUGCGGUCCUACAACGCCGUGCCUAUGAACAAGGAUGGCUUCAACCAACCGAACACAAAUUUUCCACUCAGCAAAAGUCUUCCAAGGUGCCCCAGUCAUUAGGAGCACAAGCACAAACAAAGAACCCAAUAGUGGAUCCCAGGGUGGAAUCCAUUCUGCAAGAGCUUCGUGAUACCUUGAGCCGGCGCGGUGCCCGUGGCAUUUUUAGUUUUUUGCAGUUUUGCCAAAAGAAUGAUUUGGACAGGAGCGGAAAGCUGACUCUGCCAAGAUUCGAAAAAGCAUUAAAAGAUGCAGAGCUGGAGAUUACUCCAGAGGGCUUUACGAUUCUAUACGAGAACUACGGUUUUGGAACUAACCAUCUCGUCUAUAACGAACUGGUCAAAGCUAUUGCGGGCAAGAUUAGUAGCCAACGGCGGGAAGUCAUCCUUGCACUCUUUGGCCAUUUCAGAAAAGGGGAUGAUGGAAAGAUUGAUAGAGAGGAGGUUAAAAGAGCAUUUCACGCCGCUGGACAUCCGGACGUUGUAAAUGGCCAUAAAAGAGUAGAAGAAGUUACCUUAGAAUUCAUCGACACGUUCCUAUACUACUGUCCCCCAAGAAUAUCUCGCACCCAGUUUCUGGAUUACUUUGCCGGUCUUUCCAUCAGCUACUCGUCCGACACCACCUUUUCUUCAAUGGUAAAAUGCUGCUGGCCGAUAUUGGACCAAACCCAGUCGACAGCCGAUGAUAGGACCGGUACCCGAGGGUUCCCAGCAACUCCAGCACCCAAGCCACGGAAAAGGGAUGGCAGGCUUGUAUACAAACGUUACGAUGUGUUGCCCGAUUAUAGUGUAGCCGCGAUAGGGAUGAGAGAGGGAGAGCAAAGAGUUCGUAUAAGGAGAAUGGGCAGAGUGGAUCGAACGGCUGGUAUCGUGCUGCCUCUCGAGCUAAUCUUCAAGACAAUCAAGAACCAACUUCGUUCAACUGCAUCAAAUCGAAAACGUCUGACAGUCGCAUCAUUGAUCCGAAACUUACGCGCGCAAGACCCGCAUCAAACUCUUUGUGUUCCUGCAGGUGUAUUUACAGAGGUGCUCUUAGAAUGCUUACCGCUGCUCGGCGUUGAGAACAUGGAUGGUUUGAUCGUCCACUAUGCGACAGAGAGCAAUGCAAUUCCGUAUAUGCGCUUCAUUGAAGACCUGCGAGGUGACAUGGAUCCACUAAGAAGAUACGUUUCAGAUCAAGCGUUUGCACGACUGGAUACCCCAAAACGGGGUUUUAUUGACAUUCACCAGCUCCGCGCUGCGUUUGAUUGCACUCGGUUUACCGAAUGGCUAUCUGGUGAGAAAUCUCGGGAUCGCCUUUUUGAGGAAGAGCUGGAGGCAGGAUUUGAUGGCUCAGAACGAAUGGACCAGAUAACAAAAGAAAUGUUCCGCCUGUACUGGGCCAACCGCGGUGCAACCAUCGAAGAUGAUAACGUGUUCAGUUAUAUGGUGUUUACGACUUUUCAGUCUGCACACCCACAAUUGCGGACUCUGAGGACAAGCGGGUUCCAAAAUGGUGCGCAGCCGAAUGGGUAUUUGCGGUAAAUGUAAAAGAGCUGUGUAUACUUGAUAGGACAUGAUAUAUUUUUCGUAUAAUUCUGUUGAAUUCUGCGCAAUAUCAAUUGGAGGACUGGUGCAGAUGCACUGUACCAUACUCACCUGUCGAGCAAUAUCUUGAU